CUGAGCUAGCUCACUCGUCCAUGAGAUCUGAGAUCUUUAUUAGUCCCACAAAGCAAAAGGAGAAGUCUGUCUUCUCAGAUCAUCUGUAGCAAUGGAUGUUGUGAGCCCUCUGGUCAACCUUCUCACCACCAUUGUUAAUUACAUUUUCCCAAGAGUAGAUAAUGUUGUGAAUUUGGAUCAAAGCAUUCACUCCCUCGAGGGUGCUCUGGUGGAGCUCACAGAAGCCAGGGAUGACUUGAAGAAACAAGUUGAUCGAGCAGAGCUUUUGGGAUUAACAUGCACUAACCAAGUCAAAGGUUGGCUGGAAAGAGUAGAAAGUGUGGAAACAGAAGUAAGAUCCAUCACACAAGAUGUUGAAAAUGGAAGGAGUAAUGGUUGCUGUGGAAAGAACUACUGUUCAAGAUAUAAAUUGAGCGGGAAGGUUUUGCAGAUUCUUUCAGCAAUCAAUGACUUGAAGGGAAAAGCGAUUUUGGAUGUCAACCUUGCUGAUGGACUGCUUCUUGUUCCUGUGGUGGAAAUACCUACUAGGCCAGCUAUAGGGAUAGAAUUGAUGCUGAAAAGUGUGCAAGAAUUGCUCAAGGAGGUGAAUACUGGGAUUAUUGGAAUAUAUGGAAUUGGUGGGAUAGGGAAGACUACCCUUCUGAAGAGCAUAAAUAAUGGCUUUUUGACAUUAGAGCAUGACUUUGAUGUGGUAAUCUGGGCUGUGGUGUCUAAAGAACUUGUUGUUGAGAAAAUUCAGCAAGCCAUUGGGGUGAGGUUAGGCUUGUCUUGGGAUGAAAACCAGUUCCAGGAAUUGCGAGCUUCAAGGAUAUACAGUGUCAUGAGGAGGAGGAAAUUUCUACUGCUCUUAGAUGAUGUUUGGGAAGGGCUUGAUUUUGAGAAGAUUGGAGUUCCUCUUCCCAGCAGGGAAAACGGAUGCAAAGUCAUAUUCACCACUCGCUCAAUGGAUGUUUGCAGCGACAUGGAUGCCAAUUGCAAGCUGAAGGUGGAGUUCUUGAAUGAGCGGCAAUCAUGGCAGCUUUUUCAUGAAAAGGUUGGGAGACAGAUGAUGGAUUCAACAGUCAUUUCAGCUUAUGCGGAUACCAUUGUCAGAAAAUGUGGAGGCCUUCCACUAGCUCUAGUCACCAUUGGAAGGGCUAUGGCAAACAAACAAACAGAAGAGGAGUGGAAGUAUGCCAUAGAAGUGCUGAACAAGUCUCCUUCAGAACUCCGUGGUAUGGAAGAUGUUUUUACACUGCUUAAAUUCAGCUAUGACAAUCUAGAGAAUGAUAUACUAAGAUUAUGCUUCUUGUAUUGUUCAUUAUUUCCUGAAGACUAUCCAAUAGAGAAAGAACAGAUUAUAGAAUACUGGGCAGGGGAGGGGUUUCUAGGUAGCGCUGGUGAUGAUGUCCAUACAAUAGGUCAUGCUAUCAUUGGUUCUCUCAAAGUAGCUUGUUUCUUGGAAAAUGGUGAAGAGGAAACCCAAGUAAAGAUGCAUGAUGUUGUCAGAAGUUUUGCUUUAUGGGUUGCAUCCGGUGGUGGAAAGAAUGGUGCUAAAAUCUUAAUGCAGGCUAGCUCAGGACUGACAGAAGCACCUGGAGCUGAAAACUGGGAAGCAGCACAGAGAAUUUCAUUACUGGAUAAUGAAAUCACUGAAAUAUCUGGAACUCCUGUUUGUCCUCAUUUGUCUACCUUGCUGCUACAAUGGAACAGCGGUCUCAGCAAAAUCUCAGAAAAUCUUUUUCAAUAUAUGCCCAAUCUCAAGGUUUUGGACUUAUCACUUACCAGUCUCAGAGAGAUACCAAAGAACAUUGGUAAACUGGCUGAGUUGCGGCAUCUUGAUUUGUCAGGAACUAAAAUAAGCACGCUGCCUAGAGAAUUGGGAGGUCUGGCAAAGCUGAGGCUUUUGGAUCUGCAACGCAAUCGGUAUCUUAAGAGCAUUCCACAUACAGCGAUAACUGGACUCUCUCGAUUGAAAGUAUUGAACUUCUAUUACAGUUUUGGGGAUUGGGAGUUGCAAGAUCUUGAUGAUGAUGAUGAUCAAGCUAGGCUCUCCGACUUGGAAUCCUUGCAACAUCUGACCUCCUUAGGGAUCACAUUGGCCAAUUUAUAUGCCCUGGAAAGGCUAUCUGGUAGCAGAACUUUGCGCAGAUGUGUAAAAUACUUGUAUAUAAGGGAGUGCGAAGGCUUUUAUAACUUGCAACUAUCACACAGUACAGGAGAUGGUGAGAGACUACGAAGGCUCAGCAUUAACAACUGUCCAGACUUUAAGUAUUUGGCAAUCAUUGAUGGGGCUGAGAAUAACUGGCUGCCAAACCUUGAGGUUCUUGCCAUGCAUGGUCUUCCAAGCUUGAUAUCGGUAUGGAGAAAUCCAAUGAGCAAAGGAUGCCUCCGAAAUCUUCGUUCUGUCAACAUCUGGUACUGUGACAAAUUGAAGAACGUUAGCUGGAUUUUAAAGCUUCCAAAGCUUGAAAUGAUUUACUUAUUUUACUGUAGGGAGAUGGAAGAAAUAAUAAGUGGAGAUCAAGUGGAAGAUGAGGAUUACCUGAAUGCUUUUCCUCGCCUCAGAAUCAUGUCAAUUAGAAAACUGCCUAAAUUAAAGAGCAUCUCUCAAGAGAAUAUGUCUUUUCCAUCUUUGAAGAAAAUUGCUGUGAUAGAUUGUCCAAAGCUGAAUAAGCUACCACUCAAGGCCCAUAAUGUAGCAGAACUGCCAACUAUCUACUGUUACAAGGAGUGGUGGGAUGCUCUGGAGUGGGAUGAUGCAGACACCAAAUCCACCUUCCUUCCCCACUUCACAUCAGCAUGAUGGAGCACUUAUUGCCUCAAAGUCUCGCACUUCAGAAUCUCCUCUCUGUUAGUGGCUCUUGCUUAUAAUCGUCAUUUCCUUCUGUGCUUGCCCGGUAGAUUUGAAGAUGCAUAAUACAUCAAGAACAAAUUACUCCAUAUGCAACGUCUCUCAAAGAUAGGUUCAGAGUCAUAUUUUCAGUAAAAGUAUAAUAUCCUGAGGUUAAAUACCCUUCAAUGCUUAAAUAUCUGCAAGUGCACUUGUUAGCAUAAAAAAGAAAUGCAGCAGGAAAAUCGGAAACCAAUUGUAUCAA